UCAGAGACGACAAUGAAGGAAGCCGGGAAAUAAAAAGUAACAAGGCGACGACAAAAAAAAAGUGUAUAGCAGACAAUUUAAGAGGAAUUACUAACUGUUUAUGCAUUUAUGUAUUGUUUGCAAUGGUGGCCAUCACUUCUGCUUAGUAUCACAUUAAGGAUCUCCAGGAAUGAUUUCUAUUAAUGCCACGUAAAGCCAUAAAGACAGAGAAGCCUCCCCUGCUGUUCCUGGAGCGGACUUUGUGUGGAGCCAGACUCCAAAAUGUGCCUGAAGUGCGAGCAGCGCUCAACCCUAAAGAGUUCUUCACCGAGACAGAAGCACACAACAGCUCAGCUCUUAAUUCCUGGGUAAGCCCGCAGUUCGACGGUUCACUUGCAGCUGCACCUCCAGUGAGGCGUGGGAGGAGAAAAUGCCACUCGUCGACAAGCAUCCUUGACAGCUGCAGUCAGCUGUCCAGGAAAAACAGCGUGUGCAAAUUCCCCUCAUUAACGUUUCAGACAAGGUCAAGAGACCAGGCUAAUCAACCAAAAAGCACACGCGCAAAGAAAGAUACAGAGCGUACUGUUGUGUCUGACGCAGGAAAUCAACCACGGGGAUCAUGCCGAAUCAAAAGGACCGUUUCAAGUGCACAGUUCUCAGACACACCGAAGAGACAGACGACCUCAAUCAGAAAAAGAAAUGUGGAGAGAUUCUCGGCCGCUGCCGCAUCCUCCAGCAGACAUUUGGAUCAACUUCAAACUCCAUCUAUUCAAGUCACAGAGAGAUGUGGAAUCCCAGCAGAUGGUUCUUCAACACCUGCCUCCAAUGAGUUCAUCACUUCUGAGGUCAGCGGUGUUGGUCCACCGCCUGAUGUGGACACUCCAGAAGUAAUACAAGAAGGGAGAAGUUGUCCCUCCUCAGCCUCUGUACACUUGCUUGUGCCUCAAUCAUGUACACCACCAUGUAAUCAGCCACCUGACAUUUUGGUGUCUGACACACCAGAGAGGGAUUAUGGGGUGAAGGUGACAUGGAGGAGGAGGAGGGGUUUGAUGUUGUUGAUGAAAGAGCGGGGCCAUCUCUCUGAUUCAGAUGUGUUCACUCACAGCUGAUGUAUGGAGCUGAUGAGAAAAGAAAGAGAGCACUGAUCUCUACAGAGAAGAGAUACUGAUUAUUAAUUGGAUAGAAUUCUUUCUAUGAACUAUUUUGAUUGCACUGAACAGAGCUGCUGCUUUCUAAAGUGAUUAUGACAUUUCAGUUCACUGAUGGCUUACUUUGAUUUAACCUCAUAAUAAUAAUAAUAAGCCGAUUAAAUAACUCUCUCACACCCACUCUCUCUGCACAGCCCUGGUAGUUGUGAUUGUAAGAAUCAAGAUCCCAAUUAUACUGUACUGUUCCAGAUUAUGUGGCAAAUCAGAGGCAGUCCUUCUAUUGAAACCCAAUCUUGACAUCUAACAACACAAGUCCAUUGUCUGUCUGUUUUUCAUUGCUUCAGCCUUUAAAAGGCACAUAAAUGUAAAAAGGUUGCCUCCAUAUGAACCGUAACUGAAUAUCCAUCAAACGCUAUAUCAUUUUGUCAGUGUCAUGAAAUCUUGAGUCAGUGGUGUUAAUAAAACCAACGGUGCUGCAGGAGGA